AUGUCCUCUCUUCUCCGCGAGACAUUCGCCAAGUGCAAAGCCGAAGGCCGCAGUGCCCUCGUCACCUUCAUCACCGCCGGGUAUCCUACCAUCGAAGACACCGUGCCGAUUCUUCUCGGGAUGCAGGCCGGCGGUGUCGACAUCAUCGAACUCGGAAUUCCGUUCUCCGAUCCUAUUGCUGACGGUCCAACCAUUCAGGUUGCCAACGUUGUUGCUCUCAACAACGGAAUCAACGUAACCAAGUGUCUCGACCUCGUGAAGCAAGCCCGUGCUGCCGGGGUCACCGUGCCGAUCAUCCUCAUGGGCUACUACAACCCGAUCCUCAUCUACGGAGAGCAGCGUAUAUUAGAGGACUCUAAAGCCGCCGGAGCCAACGGAUUUAUUGUCGUCGACCUUCCACCUGAAGAGGCCGUCAAGUUCAGAGGCUACUGCACCCUGCACCAGCUCUCGUACGUCCCGCUUGUCGCUCCGUCCACCACCAACGAGCGUUUGCAAACCCUCGCCGGCAUUGCCGACUCCUUUAUCUACGUGGUGUCUCGUAUGGGCUCCACCGGGGCCACAGGGACCAUCAGUACCGCGAUUCCAGAGCUCCUUGCGCGCAUCAGAAGCGUCACCGGCGACAUUCCGUUAGCCGUCGGGUUUGGGGUCUCCACCAGGGAACACUUCUUGACCUUUGGUGCUACGGCCGACGGUGUGGUGAUUGGCUCCAACAUUAUUACCCUCCUCGGCGAGUCCGCCGCAGGUACCCGGGGCACCACCGCCGAGGCCUAUGUCAAAUCCAUUCUCGGUGACGGCCAGCAGCCGGGAAGAGUGGCGUCUGAGAAGUACGUUCCAGGCGAAGCUACCGCUCCGUUGAAGGAUGUCAUUUCCACCUAUAGCUCUCGUUUCGGUGACUUCGGUGGCCAGUACGUCCCAGAGGCUCUCCACUCGUGUUUGUCCGAGCUUGAGCGUGGGUUUGAGGCUGCCGUGGCUGACCCGGCCUUCUGGGCUGAGUUUCGCGGCUUGUACCAGUACAUCGGCCGUCCAUCGUCGCUCCACCGGGCCGAGCGUUUGUCUGAGUACUGCGGCGGUGCCCAGAUCUGGUUGAAGCGUGAGGAUCUCAACCACACCGGUUCCCACAAGAUCAACAAUGCGCUUGCUCAAGUCUUACUCGCCAAGCGUCUCGGAAAGAAGAAGAUUAUCGCCGAAACCGGUGCUGGUCAGCACGGUGUGGCCACUGCUACCGCCUGUGCCAAGUUCGGUCUCGAGUGCACCGUGUUUAUGGGCGAAGAGGACGUGCGUCGGCAGGCGUUGAACGUGUUCAGAAUGAAGUUGCUCGGCGCCUCUGUGGUGCCAGUCACCAACGGCACCAGAACCCUCAGAGAUGCCACCUCAGAGGCUUUCCGUGUCUGGGUUUCCCACCUCGACACCACCCACUACGUAGUUGGUUCCGCCAUUGGGCCUCACCCAUACCCAAUCCUUGUGCGUACCUUCCAGUCCGUCAUCGGCCAAGAGACCAGGGAGCAGUUCUUGAAGGAGACUGGCAAGUUGCCAGACUGCGUCAUGGCCUGUGUCGGUGGUGGCUCUAACUCCACCGGGAUGUUCUCUCCGUUUGAGAAGGACUUGUCUGUGAGAUUGGUCGGGGUGGAGGCCGGUGGUGACGGGUUGGACACCGAGCGCCACUCCGCCACCUUGACCGUCGGGAAGCCGGGUGUGCUCCACGGUGUCAAGACUUACAUCUUGCAGGACAGCGACGGCCAGGUCCACGAUACCCACUCCGUGUCUGCCGGAUUGGACUAUCCAGGUGUUGGUCCGGAAUUGGCGUUCUGGAAGGCCACCGGCAGAGCCGACUUCAUGGCUGCUACUGAUGCCAACGCCUUGGAGGGUUUCAAGUUGUUGUCGCAGUUGGAGGGCAUCAUCCCAGCCUUGGAAUCGUCGCAUGCUGUCUAUGGGGCGGUGCAGAUCGCCAAGACCAUGCGUAAGGACCAGACUUUGAUUAUCAAUGUUUCCGGUAGGGGUGACAAGGACGUACAGAAUGUCGCCGAGAUCUUGCCACGUUUGGGGCCAGAAAUUGGCUGGGACUUGAGAUUCGAUGCCAAGCGAACAAAGUGA